UACAGAGAAAGGGAGCAUCAAAGUUGAUGUCGACAUCCGGCACAUGUCCGAGGCUUCAUCAGGAGAAUACCAAACUUCGGGGUAGCUUGGCGCCAAUUCUGGCAAUGCAUUUCAACCUCGGAGACUUUCCGUAAGAGAUUGGAAUCACCCUCUCUCACUCUCUAACCUCGAGAGUCACAGCUGAACUGGCUGACAGCUGAUAGAGAGAGGAAGCUCCCGGCUGACCGGAUAACCUUUGAUCCGACUCCGGUGUUCCGUAAGAGAAGAAGUCUAGGUUAGGGGGGGACAUGCAUGCAUGAUAUAAGUCGAGUCGAGUCGAGACUCACUCAUUCAAUCAAUUGCCUCAUAACCCCAAAUCAAGGAAUGAACAAGGUAUGAGAUAAGGCAUUUGGAGUUCCCAAUUUUCCAUCCUCAUAACUCUCCCCCCAAACCCACAAUGAGCAUAUCACUCGGUGUUUCUACUGAAGAUCUUUUGAGCGUCGAGGUUCAAAACCCCCGCUUAAACGUCAAUAUGAGCGAGCCACCCCCACCGGGACAGCCUGGCAGGGCCUGGAAAUAGAGGGUCUCUCAGUGGCUGUGACGACAACCUAACAAGAGAAAUCGUGAUUGGAUUCGAGCGUGUCCUGCUCCUCGGGGAACAACCCCCGAAGUCUACCUCCAAAUUCGACCGCUGUAAAUUGUGGGGGAAGAAGUCGGAGUUGGAGACCCCGGGAAAUCCUCUUGAGCCGCUUCCCCUCGGCCGGCAAGAGCACCAAUUCCCUUCGGGAGCCCGCUAUCAAAGGUCACGAUGGCCCAUGACAUUCCGAUAUGAUGCGCCCCCAAUGGAGCUUUUACGUAUCAUGGUUGGGCCUUUCACUCUCCAGAGUCUCAGAGUCUCGGUCAUGUUGUUGCGGGUUGAGUCUCUCGCGGAUGGGGCCGUUGAUAGCCCCAGUCGGUUAAUGAAAACGUAUGUACCUAAUAAUGAAUGAAUGGAUAUCAUUGAUCGUCAUAUCCGUAAAUUGUCGUCAAGACACGGACGCGGUAUCCGUAACGUAGAAGUCUAUUCCUUUACAUAACUGGUCCCGUUUCCCCAAUAUUCGUCGCGUGCUUCUCUCUUUUCUUCCUCUCUCUUCUUCUUUCAUCUUUCUCUCACGAUACCCUCAUACUAUUCCCAUCAUAACUACCUUCUUGUCUCUGUCGGCUUAAACCUUCUCCCGGUCUAAGUCAAGUCAAGGCCGCUUCUCCAACUGCCCCUCCCGACGAUCAACUUCUCCUCCUUUCAUACCUAUCCUCCCCUCGCAAACACAUUCACAAUGGCUACUACAAACAGCGGACAAGAAACCGAAAAGGUUAACACUAACAUUGUUACCCUGACCCGCUUCCUCACUGAGGAGCAGGCCAAGCACCCAGAGGCCACUGGUGACUUCACGUACGUCGUCCCUUGUGACCUCAAGUUCAUGAUACCCGGCUAACAACGGAAAUCUCAGUCUAUUGUGUCACGCUCUCCAGUUCUCUUUCAAGUCAAUUGCCUACUACAUUCGACGCGCUACCCUAGUCAACCUCACCGGUCUGGCUGGUUCUUCCAACAUCACCGGCGACGACCAGAAGAAGCUCGAUGUCAUCUCCAACGACCUCUUCAUUGAGGCUAUGCGCUCAUCAGGCAAGUGUGCGCUCCUCGUCUCCGAGGAGGAGGACGAGAUCAUCUACUUCAAGGAUGCUCAUGACGCUCACUACGCCGUCGCUUGCGAUCCCAUUGACGGAUCUUCCAACUUGGACGCCGGUGUCUCAGUCGGUACCAUCUUCGCUAUUCACAAGCUCCCUGAGGGCUCCAAGGGUGUCAAGGAGGAUAUCCUGAAGCCCGGUACUGAGCUGCUCGCUGCUGGUUUCACCAUGUACGGCGCCUCUGCUCAGCUUGUCAUCACCAUGCGCGGUGGAACCGUCAACGGUUUCACUCUAGACAACGGUAUCGGCGAGUUCAUUCUGUCUCACCCCGACAUGCGCCUCCCCAAGUCGCGCGCCAUCUACUCCGCCAACGAGGGUAACUCUUUGUACUGGGAGGACAAGACCAUCAACUACUUCAACUCUCUAAAGCAAGCUCAAGCCGACGGCAAGCCUUACAGCUCACGAUACAUCGGUUCCAUGGUUGCCGAUGCUUACCGAACUCUCCUCUACGGAGGUAUCUUUGCUUACCCCGCCGACAAGAAGAGCCCCAAGGGCAAGCUCCGUAUCCUGUACGAGUGCGCGCCCAUGGCUCUCAUCUUUGAGAAUGCUGGUGGUCAAGCUGUCGACAGCAAGAUGAACCGUAUGCUCGAGGUGGUGCCCGAGCACAUCCACGACAAGGCCGGUAUCUUCAUGGGUAGUUACGACGAGGUCGAGAAGGUGAAGAAGUUCCACAACUAAGGGGGGGACAAAGAGAAUGGCGCUUUGGCAUGGGAUUAUGAAAUCAGUUAAAUAUCGAAAAGCGAACCUCAUGAGUGAAUGAGCAUUUUAAUGAUGAAUUUAUCAUAUCUUACAUUUUUCUAAGCAUCAUGCAGAGUGUCGUCAUGAUGAGAAGUCAUGAUCGUGAGCCAUCAUGGAGGCGGUUUAACUGGGGACGUCACGCCACCUCGACUGUCCCUUUAGAAUGAGCUACAGCGUCUUCUUUGGCCUCUCUUCAUGGGUUUUAAAUAGUCAUAUGAUCGCGGUCUUGUCAACUCAAG